AUGAAUCUUAAAGGUUGGUGCUUGCUAGCGGCUCUGACAGCUCCUGCCAGCGCGGUUCAGCAUGUCACCGAGUUUGAUGACCCGCCCGUUGAGCAUCGUCCCAAGUUUAGAUACUGGCUUCCCGACGCCAGCGUUGACCACGCCGUCUUGGCUGAUGAUGUGCGCCAACUCAAACAAGUCGGUGCCGGUGGGUUGGAAUUCGUCCCGUUCUACAACUACGGGUUUGGCGGCCCUCAUCUGAACCAGUCCGACGUCUACGCCUUUGGCAAGCCUGCCUUUGCCCAAGUCUUUCGGCAAGCGCUCGAGGCGGUCAAGGCCGAUGGCCUCAUCAUGGACUUUGCCCUCGGGGCCAGCCAGGGCCAGGGUGUCCCCGCCGAGCCGCUCACCCCGGGGCUGGCCAUGCAGUUGGUCUACGGCAAGAUGACCAUCAAGGGCGGGGAGCAGUUCCAAGGCGAGCUGCCGGCACCGAAUAUUGAAUGGAACGAGGAGGCGGGAUUUGUGCAGCCGCAGGAGAGAUUUGGCGGAAACCGGCUUGUUGGCGUCUCGGCCGGCGCAAUAAAGUACGCGAACCAGUCAGGCAGCAGCGCUGUGGCCUUGGUGGAAGAGUCCCUGGUUGACCUCUCGGGCAACGUCACCGGUGGAAGACUCACUUGGCAAGCUCCCACGGACCACGAUGAUUACGUCUUGUUUGCAAUCUACGAGCGCUACACCAACCAGAGAUCGGCGGCCGGCGUCCCCUACGACGUCAUCGCCAACGGCUCCUGGGUGACGGACCACUUUAGCGCAGCGGGAGCAAAGCUCGUGUCGGAAUUCUGGGAGCAGAACAUCCUGAGUAGUGAGAUCAGCGAGCUGCUCGAUGCCGUGGGGCAGCAUUCAUGGGAGGACAGCAUGGAGAUCCAGGCAUCCCUCUACUGGUCCCCAGGUUUUAUUCAAAAGUUCAAGGAGACGCGAGGCUACGACCCCGUCAAGUAUCUGCCGCUGAUGUUUGACAAGUCGACGUCAUUCAUGGGCCACGUGGCACCCUACAAUACGACGUAUUACCUGGAAGGAUCUGCGGAUGCCGCGCAGGCCAAAUACCUCCAGGACUACCGCCUGAUCCUCAACCAAGGCUACGUGGAGUAUCUGCAGGCACUAGGGGAUUGGGCCAAGUCUCUCGGGCUUUCGCAUUCCUGCCAGGUGGCUUACAACAUCCCCGUCGACAUGCUCGCCGCCGUUCCAUCCGUCGCGGGGCCCGAGCUCGAAUCCCUCGCCUUUACCGACGUUGACCAGAUGCUUCAGUUCACUGGGCCGGCGCACCUGGCGAGGCGAAACGUAAUCUCGACAGAGGUUGGUGCAGUCCAGUCGGGCGCAUACAGCCAGUCGCUGCCGUCUCUCCUCCGGCUCUUCAACCAGGCGUUUGCAGGCGGGGUCAACCUCAUGGUGAUUCACGGCAUGCCGUACGGUGGCGAGCAGCCCGAGACGACCUGGCCGGGAUACACGCCGUUCCAAUAUGUUUACUCCGAGAUGUGGGGCCCCAGACAGCCAGCCUGGAAGUACAUGUCCGAGAUGAUGGGCUACACAGCCAGGAACCAACACAUCCUCCAGCUGGGUGUCGCCAAGAAAGACCUGGCCGUGUACCUGUACAAGGAUCAUCCGUACUCGACCACUGUCAGCCACAAUGGCACAGAUCUGCGUGCAGAUGGCUUUUCCUAUGAAUAUCUCUCGCCAGCAAACUUUGCCAGUGAAAACGCGACCGUCCAGGGAAGGCUGCUCGAUCCAACCGGUUCAGGAUAUCGGGCUCUUGUUCUCAACCAGCAAACGUUCAUUUCCCCCGAGGCUUCAACAAAACUGGCAGAGUUCGCCAAGGCAGGCCUACCCAUUGUAGUUGUUGGGACCCUGCCAAACACCACAAUCGGCUCCGUCGGGCAGGACAUGGUAUCAAAGACCAUUGCAGGCCUCCAGUCGGCAGGACACGCCAACCUCAAAUUCAUUGACUCGCCCGACUCUUUGGUCCAAGCACUGCAUGAACUUUCAGUCAAGCCUAGGGUACAGACAUCUCCCGCCCGCUCCGCCCAGACCUUGCACACAAUUUGGAGAGCAGAUGGCGCCUCCAACUACGUAUUUCUAUACAACGACGGACCCGCAGCAACUUUCAACGUCGGCAUCGAGGCAAACGACGACCUGGUACCCAGCAAGCUCGAUGCCUGGACGGGUAGCCAGGAGCCCGUCGCAAUAUACGGACGGUCCGAGGGUAGGAUAACCCUGAGUGUGUCGCUGCGGCAAGACCAGGCCACCAUCCUCGCUUUCACGCCCUCGGUGGAGCCUCGAGACCACAUCUCAGCGCACUCGCAGAACGUCGCUGAGGCCUUUUACAGCCCUGACGGGGAGAUAUCGGUCGCCGUGUCCGACGCCGGCGCUGCAUCCGUUACGCUUUCCGACGGCCGCACGCACCAGAUCCCCGCACUCGCUGACAGGACCGGAGAAACCCUAGCCUCCAUCGAGGUCGGACCCUGGAAUCUGACCCUCGAGUCGUGGGUACCAGGCGCAGACGCUACGAAAUCAGCGCCUGCCAGGGAAACACUCGACCUCGGCACGCAGAGCGCCCUGGUCCCAUGGUCGCAGGUGCCAGCGGCGCAGAACGUCUCGGGCGUCGGCAUCUACACGGCCACUUUCACACGGCCGGCUGUCGGCCAGCUGGCGGGCGAGGACGUCAUGACCAUGAUGGACUUUGGCCCGGUGCUCAACACCCUGAGGGCCUGGGUCAACGACAAACAGCUGCCGGCGGUGGACGUGUCUGCCGCGCAGGUCGACAUCUCGCCGUACGUCGUGUCUGGGCAGAACUCGGUCCGGGUCGAGGUUGCGUCGACGCUGUUCAACGCGGUCAAGGCAAGGAUCGACGGCGUCAAGAACUUUGGUCUGGGGCCGAAUGUGCCCCAAUUUUAUACCGCUGUGGACUGGCAGAGGCAUGGGUUGGUUGGCCCGGUGCAGGUGACGACGCUGCGCAGGGUUAGUUUGUGA